GGCUUCAGAUGCGCGCUGCCAGAUGCUCUUCUUGCCUCUCCCACCGCCCGCUUUUCUCCCCUCCUCAUUGGCUCACCAUCCACAUCAAGCAGCAGCAAUGCGGCCAGCAACGGCAAAAUGGGUCCCAAAAAAGACCUUGAGACUCCCCGCAGCAACCAUUCACCAAAAGGUUUCAUUCAAAGAAUGUCAAAGGAAGCCUCUCUGUCGGUCGCAGAGCGCGAGUUUAUUCUCGAAGCUCUGCGCCAAGAUUCACGGCUGGAUGGCCGAAGAGCAGACCAGUUCCGUCCCUUGCAGAUUUCAUUCGGCGAAGAAUAUGGACAUGUGAAGCUUGAGCUGGGCAAGACGAGAAUUAUCGUCCGCAUCUCUUCCGAGGUCACCAAGCCUCGCGAUGAUCGCCCGUUCGACGGCCUGUUCAACAUUAACCUAGAAUUGUCAGCUAUGGGCUCACCUGCCUGGGAAAAUGGCCGAACGAAUGAGCUUGAAGCCUACGUGACCCACGUCCUCGACAGUGUCAUCCGCCGUUCAAACGCCCUGGACACUGAAUCGCUCUGCAUUCUCAAGGGUGUGAGCUGCUGGAGUAUCCGCGCCGAUGUACACAUCAUUGACUACGACGGCAAUAUUACUGAUGCGGCCUGCAUUGCCAUCAUGACUGGACUCCAACAUUUCCGCCGGCCGGAUGCCGUGGUGCGCGAUGGCCAGGUUGUGGUCUACGGAGUGGAGGAGCGAGUACCCGUUGCACUUAACAUCACACACAAGCCUCUGUCCAUCACUUUCAACACUUUCAACGAGGGUCACAACGUUAUCCUUGACUCCACACGGAAAGAGGAGCAAGCGUCUGAAGGAGAGCUCGUGAUUGGAAUCAACAAUGGAGGCGAUGUGUGCUUCAUGUCCAAGUUCUCAGGUGCCCCUAUCGAUGCAAUGGAGGUGGUGACUCAGUCUAAGGUUGCCCUAGACAAGGUCAAGGAGAUCAAUGCGCAGAUUGAGAAGGUGAUGGAAGCUGAUCUGGCUAAGCGAGCCAAGAAGGGCAUGGCCGAAGAAUCCCGGGCUGCGAAUGACCGGGAAAUAUAAAAGUGAACGACUAUUUUUGUAUGAUUAGAGCCUUCAUGACCUGGGAAUUGGAGUUCUGCAUUGCCUUGUGUUUCUUCUUCGCGGAAUUUUCUUGACAAGGUGGUCCAUAUUAUGUGAUGUUCUAAAAGAAAUAUUCCACAGAUACGGUGUAUCAAGGCGAUGAUCCUUUGAAUAGAACCUAGAAUUGAC